UUUGUCUUUGCUGUCUUUUGGUCCAUUAAUCAUUUAAUAUUUCCCACUCAUUAAUUCAAUUUAUCUUAUACAACUCUUUACUAUAUUUUAUGUACCAAAAUGGUUUCAAAAUUGCAUUGCUUUCUAUAAUAUAUCAACCGUUACAAAUUAUAUUACACAUUUCCCUAAAAGCUAACGUUUUUUCUGAAUUUGAAUAAAAUGGUCCAUUUAUAAAAAGCAAAGACAGAGUUGCAAAUUCCGGUGAACUUUCUUUACGACCAUUUCCGGAGAAUGCCCGGCGCUUCUCCGCCUCAGCCGUCAAUAAACCGUCACAACCCACUGAGUCACGCCACCGAGUCAUUUUCUGGUUUGGAUAUUUGCUCAAAGUUUCUUGGAUUAUCAAAAAGUUCCCAAUAUUUGGAAACAUAAUCUCCUCAAGUUGUUGUAGCCACUGUCUGUGAAAAUGGCGACAUGGAAGUCGUGGAUUGUGGCGGAGAAAGCACGAAGAUGCUUCCGGACCAUGUUCUUUGUGGCAGCAAUGAUGGCCUCUCUGUUAGCUUCCUCGUUACCGGUUCUGAUCACGGUGGCUGAUGUGGUGGUUCCUUGUCUUAUCGUCUCCAGCAUCACGUGCCUCACGUGCUACUCCCCUGCACAACAUUUUCGUCAGUACAGUUUCAAGAGCUCUCUCAUUGAUGUACCACUCGUCUCCCUCCUUAGAUCUCUCUUCAUUAUCUGUACGUACGGACUCAUUAAUUCUCCAAGAUUAGCUUAUGGUCUUUAUUUUGAAACAGUGAUGUUAUUUUCCUUUGGAGGGAUACUUCUUCUUUUGGUUAAAACUUGUGUUUUCACUGUGAAUUCUCAUCUUGAGGAGGCUAAGGUCUAUUACUUCAAGAUCUCAUGGGGAAUGCCGGUUUUGUUACUAUCUUCUGCGGUUUUCGGUAUAGCUCAUGUCGUGGUAGCUUAUCGAAAAAGCUGUGGAGCAAGAAGGAAGCUAAUGUACCACAAGAUUGACCAAGAAGCUGUUCUCUCAUGCAAAUCCGGUUUCUCAGGUUACAAGAAGGCUCACCGUCAAUCUUUCACUCGAUCAAACUGCAAAAUCCUGACUUAUGCCGGUGAAUUCAGACAAAAAUCUUUCAGGGGAACAUCUUUGGAUAGAGAAGAGUUACUACAACCAAGACUACUUGCAAAUGCAGACAGUUUAUUCAUCAUGAUCCAAGGCUUAUAUGUCCAUUACAAGCAGUGUACCUCACCGUCUGUAUCUUCCUUCGUUAUUGUAAGCGAUUCUGCAGCGGAUAUGAAUGCGAGAAGAUCAAGACUGUUAGACAAGCAAAUGUCAAACUUAAUCUCCCAAACUCACAGCAGUCAUCUCCAUCGUAGCUACACUAUUCAGCCCGAUAGAUCAUCGCUAUAUGAUCCUUUGUUAGCCAGUUACCAAACUACACCCAUGAGCUUGUUCAAUAAGGAUGAUGUGAAUCACAUAAAUUCUAUGAAUCCUGGUGAUGAUUUGCAGAAAGAUGGGAAUACUAGUAUAGUUCUAGUUCAUGGAUUUGGUGGAGGAGUCUUCUCAUGGAGGCAUGUAAUGGGAGAAUUGUCUCUUCAGCUCGGUUGCAGAGUUGUUGCAUAUGACCGGCCUGGUUGGGGAUUAACCUCUAGGCUUAUCCGGAAAGAUUGGGAGAAGAGAAAUCUAGCUAACCCUUACAAGCUUGAAAGCCAGGUUGAUCUACUACUUUCAUUUUGUUCUGAAAUGGGGUUUUCUUCGGUGAUACUCGUUGGCCACGACGAUGGUGGUUUGCUUGCUCUCAAGGCCGUCGAAAGAAUGCAAGCAUCUACCUCUAAAUACAAUAUCACAAUCAAAGGGGUGGUUUUGAUAAACGUUAGCUUAUCUAGAGAAGUAGUUCCUGCCUUUGCAAGGAUACUUCUUCAUACUUCACUCAGAAAGAAGCACUUGGUCCGUCCUUUACUGCGAACCGAAAUAACCCAAUUGGUGAACCGGCGUGCAUGGUGUGACACCACCAAGCUAACCACUGAUGUCACUAUGCUCUAUAAGGCUCCUCUGUGUUUAGAAGCUUGGGAUGAAGCACUCAAUGAGAUAAGCAAGUUAUCAUAUGAGAUGAUACUUUCACCUCAAAAUGCAUCAGCUCUGUUAAAAUCAAUAGGAGAUCUUCCUGUUUUAGUUGUUGCCGGAGCUGAAGAUGCUCUGGUUCCUUUGAAAUCUUCACAAGUUCUGGCUUCAAAACUCACUAAUUCUAGACUCAUAGAGAUCGCUGGUUGCGGCCAUCUGCCACAUGAGGAGUGUCCUACAACACUUGUCGCCGCUCUUGGUUCCUUCAUUUGCAGACUGAUACCAAAACUACUAGACUCCUAAAACCACAUAAGACCAUCUCAAGAGAUCGCUGGUUGCGGCCAUCUGCCACAUGAGGAGUGUCCUACAACACUUGAUGAAACAUCAGCACGAUAUCAGCUCUCUACACAAGAAUAUGUUUUUUCGUGGUUCCAUUCAUCAGUCUAUUCUUAAAAGGAUCAAAACUCCAACCAGAUUUGCUACAAAGAACCUUACUUCGGAAUUGCAUUAUCUGCACAAGUUAGAGCCUUCGACGUCAACUAGGUCAAGUGAAUAUUAUCAGCCUAAUUUUUUCAAACACAAACCUGUGAUUUCUCUUAUGUAUGAUGUAUAUAUGAUUUCUAUUCAGAGAAAAUACAAAUCCCUACCAAUGAA